CUCUCUCCUUUUUCUUCUUUUCUUUUCUUUCCUCUCCUCCCUCUUUCUUUUUCUCUCCUCUUCUGUUAAAUCUGGAUCUGUAGAAAUCAAAUAAAAUUUACCGAAAAAUCAGAAACUAUCUUCUCAUAGAUCAAAACCAUCUUUCAAGAAAUCAAACCCAAUCUUCACUAACCCAAAAUUCGUUUGCAACCCUAGAUAUGUGAUUUUCUCCUUCAUAAAUUCUAGCAAACUAAACUAUUCUCUCUAAUCGCUACUCGAAUUCUAUCCAAUCGAAGGAGAUGAGUUUAUCAAGUACAGAUGCAAGUGAAAUUUCCCUGAGAAUAUACAAUUUUUAUAUUUCUUCGUUCGAUAUCAUGGAGUUUUAGCGCAUGGGUUUGUUUUCAAUUUCCGUUUCGUAGAUUGAGUUUUGAGUUUUCUUACUAUAUGUAAUCACAUCUGGUUGUAUUGAUUAAUUCGAUUUUGGUUUUCGUUCCUAUGAAAUUGCUAAGUUCAGGUUGAGUUUUGUGUAAACAGGAAUGAAAUGAAUGAUGAAGAUACAAGAGAAGAAAAAGACGCUUGCCAAAUUUUGAUUUCAGGGGUUCACUGUUAAGGUUAUUCUCCAUCUCUACAACAAAAACGUUAAAUCUCCUUUACUCAAAGUGUGUAUUUUUUGUUUAAAGUUUCUUGGGAGUAUCUAGAAAGGGAAAGCCCCUUGUAAAGGGAGAAACCAUGCUGCAAGAAAAAUUAGUUUGGAUUCAAGGCUCCCAGACAAGCUAUCAAGCGCAAACUCGAUUGGGGUCAAAUCUCUAAUGUUUGGCUUUCAUAGGAUACUUAUAACACAAUAAGGUCCCUCUCAUUCCACCAAAGUUGUUCCAUUUCUUGUUUGUUUAUGUAUGUAACUUGUAGUUAAUGAAAUCCUUCCUUGUGGAAUUUCCUCUACAAAGAACUCAUCUCCUCAAGAACAAAGUUCAGUGGAGAAUUCAAGUUAUAAACUUUGUUGAACCUAUUUGUGGAAACUUUCAAGUGAAUAGAUGGUUUUGUGACUGAAUAUGCGCUUGAUGAUUUGGAAUCUUUUAAAACUGGAAAGUGGGUAUUAAGUAAACAGCUGGGUCUUAUGAUUCAUCCUCAUAGAGUUCGAAAUUUUGAGAUUAUGUCAUGCCUCUUAAUUGGACUUGUGAAUUAGUCAUUUUCUGAAAGCUGCGCAAACGACCAUUUUGGGGCCUAUUUCUGCAUCCUAAUGAAAUUGUUCUUACUUCUUUUUGCUCAAAGGUGUUGAGCAAACUCUUGGAUGAUGCAUCAAAGUUUUUGAAUGACAAAGGAUGCUGGAAACUUCUGAUAUUGGUGUUUACAGUUUAGUGUAUCAUCUCAGCGGUUCAUUGUGUUUACAGAUAACUGAAAAUUUAUCUCACUGUUAAUUCCUUAUUCGCCUUCCUGGAUACUAUCCGAGUAUGUUUGCUUACAGUCAAUACAAUUUUCAUAUUUGGUGUAUUUAGUUCCUAAAUCCUUGUGGUCAGAUCCAACUCUUUGUCUUCAUUUUGCAGUGUCUGCUUUUCGUGAUGUUAUUGACGUACCACUUGUUGUUAGGAGGCUACACAAAUCCCAGAAAGAGCUAUAAAUGUAUCAAACUUAACAAGUGUUUUCUAUGAGAUGUUAAUGCUUUACACAUCAUUAACAUCUCAUUACUCUUAAUCUAUGAGAUGUUAAUGUUAUUUCCGUGCUCCCUCUCAUUACCCUUAUGUGGGUGUGUGCCCCUACUUCAGUCUUUAACAAAGUGGUAUUAUUCUCAAUGAUGAAGACAAUUGCAGAUUUUCUUAAUUUUGUUUUUAAUGAUAUUUGAUUGUGCAGACAAGAAAGGUUUCAAAGGUGUUUGUUCGUGAUAGGAACAAAUGCCUUCCAGCAAUAUUUCAACUAUUGUAUCUGUAAAGCUUGGGUCUCUGUGAGAUGGGGUGGCAUUGUGAAUGGGACCAACCUGCUGUAUCUGUUCAUGUCAAGAUAUCUUAUUCAUUGGGGUUCCUUGACAUGUUCAAGUAUGCCAUUUCAACCAAGAUGGAAGUGCUGAAUUUGAGUCUAGGAGGCCCUAAUUACUCAGCUUUUCCUUUUGUUAAGGUGCUGAUGGCAAGAAAGGUGGUGUUGUUCGUCAAGGUACUCCUUACCCAAGGGAGGAAAGACCCCUGCAAGUGGAGGCAAGUCAAACAAAUCUCUAAAAUUUGGGGUCAGUUCCAUGCGAUUCUUGUACCAAGGCAUUCGGUACAGUUCACAGUCAAGAACUGCAAUAGGUUGUUGGUGUCUAUUAGUUUGUUCAGACACUUAUUUUUUGGUGCUUAGGAAGUUUGUUUUCUUACUUGCAAUCAUAUUUGUUUCUUUGUUCAUAAUGAAUAAAAUGAUUUUUUGUAAAUGUGUAUGUAUGAAUUGUAAAUUGCGGAUAGUUUGCAAAUUGAGAAUGUUUGACAGAUUGAAAAAUACAAGAUUGCAGGCCUGUGUUUCAGGUUCAGUUGUUGUAUUGCAGGCCUAUGUUUCAAGUUUAAUUGUGCAGGCCUGUAAACGGGAAGGCCAGGUCAUGAGAAUGAC